AUGGGGGACUGGAACUUGUUGGGGAAGCUGCUGGAGAGCGCCCAGGAACACUCCACCGUUGUGGGCAAAGUGUGGCUGACAGUGCUGUUCAUCUUCCGCAUCCUGGUGCUGGGAACCGCUGCUGAGAAGGUGUGGGGCGACGAGCAGUCCGGCUUCACAUGUGACACCAAGCAGCCCGGUUGUCAGAACGUCUGCUAUGACAAGACCUUCCCAAUUUCUCACAUCCGCUUCUGGGUGAUGCAGAUCAUCUUUGUCUCCACGCCCACUCUCAUUUAUUUGGGCCACAUCCUUCAUCUGGUCCGCAUGGAGGAAAAGGAGAAAGAGAAAGAGAAGGACCUCGCCAUCCAGAAUGAAAAGCAGCAGCAGUUACUUGGCAACAAGACCAAGAAGGCCUCAGUGAAAGAUACCCAGGGCCACGUGCGUUUGAAAGGCACCCUGCUGCGAACCUACGUCUUCAACAUUAUUUUCAAGACCCUGUUUGAAGUGGGCUUCAUUGUAGCUCAGUACUUCCUGUAUGGUUUUGAGCUCAAGCCAAUGUACACCUGCGACCGCUGGCCUUGCCCUAACGUGGUGAACUGCUACAUCUCCCGACCCACCGAGAAGACAGUCUUCAUCCUCUUCAUGCUGGCAGUGGCCUGCAUCUCACUGCUGCUCAACCUGGUGGAAAUUUAUCAUCUAGGUUUCAAGAAAUGCCACCAGGGCCUACGCUACAGACGAUCACAAGCUGAAAAAGAGGCUCGCAAAGCCCUUAGUGAGGCCGUCAUGCCCUAUGUCCCAAACUAUAACUACUUUCCUGGUCAUCACGCAGUGCCUGAACCUUUCCCUGCAGAUUCAAAGUACAGCAUGGCAGAGCCAAACUCACCUUACAGCCCCUACAACAGCAAAGUGGUUUACAAGCAGAACAGAGACAAUAUGGCUGCAGAGAGGAAAGGUAGAGCAGAGGGAGAUGAUGUCAAAACCUCUAGUCCUGUCUUUGAGGUGCCCGUUGAGAGCCAGCGCCGAAACAGUCAGUCAAGCAAGCAUAGCAAUAACAAGAGUAGGCUAGAUGAUCUGAAGGUCUAG